AUGAAUGCGCGAACAAAACAGUUGCAAUUGGUAAGUUUUCACCUUUUCCUUGUCAAUUUAGAUAACAAAUCGAUAUAAAGCAAGAUUUUUUGAUGAUAUGUUUGUAAAAUGACGGAUAACUUCUUUUAGUUGUACAAAUAAGUUAAUGAAUCGGUUUAAAAGGUUAAUAUCGAUCAAUUUCAGACUGUCGAAUCGCGCCAAUUACAAGAUGCGGCUUCGUGCAUAUUCCACACAUUACUCCUUCACAGAACCACAGGCAAAUUCCACUACUCCACGGAUGUAAAUUAUAAAAUUGGUUGUAUCGGAUUACAGGAGAUUCAGUGCGAAGAGAUUGAUCUCACUUAUGUAAGUUCAUAUUACCGAGACAUAAUUGAAAGUUUGAACUUUCUUUAGGUGAACUAACUUUCAAUUUUUUAUUUAUACAGUAGUUAAGUUCAUAGGGAGUUAAUUAGUCGUUAAAAGUGCUUUAUGCUUAAAAAAUCGAUAAAACAAUAUUUUUUAUACCUAAAACAACAUAAACUUUAUAUUUUAGGUACGGGUAAACAGUCCGGAGCUAAUAUCAGACGUGGAGAAACGAGUAUCAGACAUUCAAGAAGCUGUGCGGAACACAACCACUGCCGGUUUCGUCGUAGGAUCAUCGCCCAAAUCAAAUACAUCUUCACCUUCACCGAGUGUUCGACUUUAUGGCAUUGGUAAGGUCAACAUACGGUUGAAUAUUCUCUGUUUAGACAAAUGGGAAAGUUUAAUGACUGCCCCAAUGAAAUUGGAGUUCUAUCAGAAGCGAAAAAGACAAUGGCCAAUGUUUGAGGACCUGUCGCCAUGGGAGGUAUGGGACCUUAACUUUGACGUCGUCAAGAUCGAAUCUCAUGGUGAGUUUUGGGGGUUAUCAUGUUAAAUAACGUGUAUAUACGUCAGAACUAAUUUGUUAUUACAAUUUUUUUGUAAAGAUGAAACCGUAUGUGAUUUUUAAAUGAUAAAAUAGGUAAAUACCGCACAUUUACACUCGUAUUUUUUUAAAUUUGAAUGUAAUUUCAGAGGACUUCAACCCCAUGAGAGAGUAUGUUGGCGAAAAGUUGGGUGAGAUUGUGCUGAACAUCUGCCAAAUCAUGAAUCGAUCCCAAUAUAUGCCUGCCAUGCCCAACCGCGAGUCUUUGACGGACGUUUUUGACGAUCGCUUCCGAGACUGCGAACCUUACCUUUAUCGAAUCGACUCGGACUUAUUGACCAAACCUAAUGACACAUCCAAAUCCAGCAUUGUCAUGAGGUUGUUCAGAGAUACGAUGAAGUUCACGGGCUGA